AUGAAGUUCGCCCAUGAUUUCAAGGAGACGCUCAGGCGUGAAGACUUCCCACCUCACUGGAUCGACCUCGCCAUUCCUUACGGCCAAUUGAAGAAGGUCCUCAAACGUGUCGCUGGCGAACUCAACGACCUGGGGCUUGAUCCUGAGACUUUGCGCCAACUUCUCGACCCGGCCGAUGAUUCGCCACUGGCCGCCAAAUACCGCCUCAAUGCCGCCGGUAACUCUAAGUUGCUAAGACCAAAACUGAUUGUCUUGAUCCACAUGCGUGGUGGAAAGGCCGUCGAUGCCUCUUUGACGCCGGCGUCCCGCGCUCUUAUCGAACGCAUCGCCGCUUUCCAGUCUCAAAAUCCAGGUCAACCCAUUCCAGCCACUGCCACGCCCACAGAUGAGUCCGAAUCAACUGCAUCACUCAUAUCCUCUGCCAGGUCUCUCGCCAACGCCGAGGUCGAGCUAUCGGAUACUCAGAGCAGUGAUCAAGAUCGCGGCCAAGCGGCCCUAGCAGACCAUCAUGAGCUUAUCGAGGUUCCGCUCGUCUUUGACGGCGAGUUCUUUAAGAUUCUGCAAAGCGACGUCAACAGUCUGGAUGCCCUCCAGGCUAAAGAGGAAAGGGCCAUGGUGACCGAGAUUGUCGCUCUGCGCCGGGAGGUCUCCCAUCUGACGAAACCCAGCCGCCUCUCCAAGAGCGACCUCGCGAGAUGGAGGACUAUUUUCGAGUUAUAUCUUGACGCCCAGGUGUUCUUUUCCACCAAUGAGCAAGACCACGGAGCACGUAGCAGCCAGACGGCCGCCAAACAACUUCAGUGGUUCCAGGAAGAGAUCGCCAAACGUGACUUGGUCAGGUCCUUCAAGAUCGCCGAAAGUCGCGAGGCCCUUGUUCGAUUCCUCCGUCUGAAUGCUGUUCUCCUUAAAAACCUGCAGUUUCAGGAGAUAAACCAGGUUGCCAUAUAUAAGAUAUUGAAGAAGUUCGAUAAACGAACCUGUCUGGGUGUCUCAAAGACAUUCCCGAUUCAGGUACACUCGGAUAAAUUGCUUGCCGGCUCUGUGGCCAAGGACAUUUGCGCUCAGAUGUCUACUGAUCUGGUUUCCGUUGUGCCUCAGAUUAGCGAUUACUUAUGCCCCAUCUGCUUCGCCAUCGCAUACCGUCCCGUCCGCUUGGCUUGUCGGCAUAUCUUUUGCAUUAGAUGCAUUGUCAAGAUUCAACGUCGAAACGAGAAACACUGCCCAUUGUGCCGGGCCGAUACCGUCAUGAAAGCCUCUGCUGAUAAUUUGGAUAUUCAACUUGAGAGAUACAUGCGCAAGUACUUCCCGAAAGAAACCAAGGAGAAGCAGCGCGCCAAUGAAAUAGAAAGGGGUAUCGAGGAUUACGGUCCUGAGUACGUGCAUUCCGAAUGCUCCAUCAUGUGA